ACAACAUCUGCUCGAAUACGUUCGUUAGGACGUGGCCGAGUCGAUACCGAUGCGAUUCCACGCGUCAACAUAACUUCAAAAUACAACUUCAUUAAAUGUAACUUCGUGCAGCGCACGUCUGCCCGUACGCUUAUUCUGCUGCCGCGUCCAGUUGUAAAUACUGUUUUUUGCCACUGUGGUGUUGUCUGAAGCGAAAUACAUCGUCGCCUACCGCGAGUAUAGAAGCUGAACCGUAACAAUGCAAAAGUUUUUCGUGCUGCUGCUGCUGGCCCUGCCGGCCGUUCUGCUGACGGUGAACACCGGUUCGAGUCCGUUCGCCUUUGCCGCGGAAGACGAGCUGGACGAGGAGCUGGUCGAUGUGGAGACGGAGGAUGCCGCCGUCGUGGCAGACGAAACCGAGCCGGAGGAUGAUCUCGAAACGACCAAGUCGCCGGAUGCGGACACGUACCUGCUCUUCACCCGGCCCCUGCACGCGUCCGGUUCGCAGCUCGAGCUGCCCGCUGGCUAUCCGGUAGAGUUCCUGGUCGGCUUCACGAACAAGGGCCAGUUUGAGGAUUUCGUCGUCGAGUCGGUGGAAGCCUCGUUCCGGUACGCGAUGGACUUCAGCUACUUCAUCCAGAACUUCUCCGCCGUACCGUACAACCGGGAGGUGAAGCCGGGCCACGAGGCGACCGUCGCGUACUCGUUCCUGCCGACCGAAUCCUUCGCCGGGCGCCCGUUCGGGCUGAACAUUGCGCUCAACUACCGUGACGGCCGCGGCAACCAGUUCAGCGAGGCCGUGUUCAACGAAACCGUCCAAAUCACCGAGGUGGACGAGGGGCUGGACGGUGAGACGUUCUUCCUGUACGUGUUCCUGGCCGCGAUCGUGAUUCUGCUGCUGGUGCUCGGCCAACAGUUCCUCGGCUCGUACGGCAAGCGGAAACGCCCGACGGCGGCCCGCAAGGUCGUGGAAACCGGCACCGCCAGCACGAAGGACGUCGACUACGAAUGGAUCCCGUCGGAAACGUUGAAGCAGCUCCGUAAGUUCUGGCGAGACAUAGCAGAAAGCAAAACGGUACACUUAUUGUGUAUGUUCCCCCUUUUUUCUCCUCCAAACAGAAAACUCCCCCAAGGGUGCUCCCAAGUCGUCCCCGAAGCAGAGCCCCCGGCAGCGAAAGGCGAAAGCGCACUAAACUCUCCCCCGCCAGGCGUCCGUGAGACAGUGAAAGACUCGCUCGCGCCCACCCACCCCUCCGUGUGCUGGUGUGCACUUUAUCACCACAACUCAUCCCCUUUCCUCCCUGCUUUCCUCCCACCCCCCAUCCCACUCCGCUCUGUCACAGUGUCGUACAAACAUCGUAUCAUUUUCCCAUGUAUCAGAACCGCAGCCGUGUUGCUACAUUUUCAUCAUCUCUCCCCUUGAUGAUGCAUCCUUCAGCGCAUCAGGCAACUUAGAAUGUAAUUGUCCCCUUUCCCGCUGUGUACACUCGUGAGACUGCAACCGAAUGAGAAUGGUUAGAGGAUAGAGAGAGAGAGAGUGAGGGAGAGGGAGAAAAGUCCAAAAAGUGCAGCAAUACUCCUUCCCUCCGCAUCCCGUCAUAAAGAAGGUGUCACGGUGCAUCAGGCAGCAAUCAGACGUGUUUAGGCGCUUCCAGCAGCAACAACAGUAGGACGUUUAGUAGACGGGCUUAUUCCUCUUCUCCGUUACGAUCACAGCUAAGCAAGCAGGCACAAAACAAGUUGAGUUAAGCUUCGCGGAGAUUUGGUUUUCCCAUUCAGAGAAGGGCUCGUUCGGUUGAAAUUAUAAUUACGUUUCUUCAUGAUUAUUACGUUCGUCGGUCGGUAGUCGUGACUACGGCGCGCACCUCAUCAUCACCUCAGCGCCGCUGCAAUGAGGCAACUGGGUAUAUCUUUACUCAAUGGAGUCGAUAGGAAAGGAUUUUUUUUCUGUCAUUUUUUGUCCGUAGUUAAACUGUUUUUACUACUAAUUUAAUGAGAAGAAAGCAUGUGAACACAGAGAAAUAAAAGAGAAGAUAACAAACAAAA